AUUGGAAAAUCAGCGAGGAGCACAACCUGUGACAAUACAGUGGAUCGAAUGCCCGCUGACGCACGGGAGCGCCGGGCACUUACGGUAAACAGUGACUUACAGGUUGGCUAUACGAACAGUAAAUAAUAGGAUCAUGGAACCAUUAAAAUCAGAAUGAGUCUUUGGAGGUUGUCGCGAGAUUGAUAGAAGAGAGGAUGAAGGAUUACACAUUUGUCUGAUCAUCACAGCCCUGAAUUCAAUAAGAUGGCACCUGUGGACGGAGUUUACAUUCUCUUCAUCUUGCCCCACCUGAUGUCCCUUUCGGCGAGCCUCGAUGUGAGAUUAGGCGUCUUCUUCAGCAACCAAACGAAUCUGGCAAGCCCAUGGGGUUACUCACGAACUGCGGCAGCCGUCUCUUUCGCCUUAGAUCAGUUACGUAAUGAAAGUGUCAUACAAGAUGACGUCAACAUCACAUUUGAACAAAUGCUUUACCCGACAAACGAAGCAGGAUUUGCCGAUGCCAGUGGUAAAGUGGCUAAUCUCUGGCUGGAACACUAUGAUGCAAUGAUAGGAUUAUCAUUGUCAACACUUGCUGCACCGGCAGGGAUGCUGGCAUCCUACUUCAACAUUCCUUUCAUCUCAUGGGGAGCUGCCGAUUACACUCUCAACGACAAAAGCACGUUCACCACGCUAGUUCGAACCAUGGGAGACAGUGAGAAGUUUGGUUUGACAGUGUACCAGAUAUUCCAACUUUAUAACUGGACCACGUGUGCUGUUUACUAUAGGAAUUCUGGUAUUUGUUUGUACGCGAUGCGAGGCUUUAGAGACGCUGGUGUGAAACAGUACAACAUCACGAUUUCAGAGAGCAAGUAUUGGAACAGUGACGAAGCACAGACAGAUGAUGAUAUUGACAAUGUGCUUGAGAGGAUCAAAGAAAGAGCUCGAGUUGUUCUGGUAUGCGGCAAUAAUCCUGACCUUCGGCGGAUCAUGAUACGUGCUCACGCCAAUGGGAUGACCUCAGGAGAAUAUAUCUUCAUCACUUACGGUCUUCUCGCCUACCAAGCGCUGGACAAGCCAUGGUUCAAGGAGGGAGAUGAUGCGAACAACACUAUAGCCAAGGAGGCUUACAAACAUGUGCUGCACGUAUCUUGGGCCAAGGGUGAUGAUGCAAAGCACCCACAAUUCACCCAAAAGAUGUUAGCUGACCAGCUCGCAGACAGGAUGGCUGAACCACCAUGGAAUUACGAACUGACUAGGAAACUCAAUCUUACGGGUUCUUACAUCUCCAUGUAUGUGUAUGACUGCAUGUACACUUAUGGACUGCUCCUCAAUAAAUCCAUUGAACAAAACCUCGACUACCAAGAUGGAGAGGUAAUGUUCAACCUUUCCAAGGGCCUUAAGUUCAAUGGUAUAACAGGUUUUGUAGUGAUCGAUGAAGAUGGAGACCGUCAGCCUGAUUAUUGGGUCUGGGACUAUAACGAGACCACCGGGAUCAAAUAUCAUGUCCUGCAUAUAUCGAACGAGGAGCAGACUGUUGACUUCGUGUCAAAGAUUCACUGGAACACCAAGGAUGGGAAACCGCCGCUAGAUGAACCAGAGUGUGGCUUCUUACACGAACGCUGCCCACCGGAUGAUUCACUGCGGAACAGCAUCAUUAUUGGUGUGGUAGUCUGCCUGGUAGUUGUAUCAUGUGGUUCUGGAUUGGGAUUCUAUCAAUACAGAAAAAAGAAGCAGGAAGAAGAGCUGUCUCGGAUGUUGUGGCGCGUGGACUUCUCCGAUGUCAGGUUCUCCAAGUACAAACGUGGUCUCGGCAGUCAGGCGAGCUACGUCAGUAUGGUCUCCGCUUCGAGAGGUUCUUUGGAUAAAGAAGACGACGCCAGUGGUCGCACAGAGGGACAACUCUUCGCCUUGAUUGCGCAGUAUAAGAAUCUGCUUGUCUGCGUCAGAAAUAUCAACAAGGACUCGCUCAUUAUCACGAAAGCUGACCUGGUCGAACUGAAUAAGAUGAAGGGCCUCAGUCACGAUAACAUCAACCCAUUUGUGGGAGCUUGCGUCGAUCCACCUAACCUGUUCAUCCUCUUCAUGUACUGCAGUAAGGGCAGCUUAAUGGAUAUUGUAGAGAAUGAUGACAUCAAGUUGGACAACAUGUUCAAAGCUUCGAUCAUACAGGAUCUCACUGAUGGACUCCACUUCCUCCACGCGAGCUUCUUGAAGUCCCAUGGCCACCUGAAGAGCUCCAACUGUGUCAUAGACAGUAGAUGGGUGCUGAAGAUUACUGAUUACGGUCUCAACAACCUCAAGGCCAAUGAGGUGGAGGAUGCGGGAGAACAUGAAAAAUACACCGGUCUGUGGUGGACCGCGCCCGAGCUUCUCUGUGUUGCUCAGUACCCACUCAAUGGUACUCCCAAGGGAGACAUAUACAGUUACGCCAUCAUUCUCUACGAGAUCAUCUUCCGCACACUCCCAUAUUCGACGGACAAUCUCAGUCCACGAGAGAUCGUUGAGAAGGUCCGUAAUGGGGAGGAUACACCAUUCCGUCCUCAGAUUAUGGAUGGUCAGAUGGGCCCACACCGUGAAUUGAUCUGGUUGAUGAAGCAAGGUUGGCAGGAGAACCCUGAUACCAGACCUGAUAUGUCAUGGAUCAAGAAGAAAAUCAAGACUAUCAAUAAGGGAAAGCAUUUCAACAUCAUGGACCACAUGAUCAACAUGAUGGAGAAAUACACGAACAACCUUGAAGAACUCGUGGAAUCAAGGACUUCUCAGCUCGUCCAGGAGAAGAAGAAAACAGACAGCCUUCUUUACAGCAUGAUGCCUGUGGUCGUUGCAGACCGUCUGAAGACUGGUCAGAUCGUUGCGCCUGAGAUGUUUGACUCGGCCACUAUCUUCUUCUCGGACAUCAUAGGCUUCAGCAUCAUCUCAUCACUUAGCACUCCCAUGGAAAUCAUUGAUCUCCUCAAUGACGUCUAUUCUCUGUUCGAUGGGAUCAUCAAGAAGUUUGACGUCUACAAGGUUGAAACCAUCAGCGAUUCCUACAUGGUGGUUGGCGGCAUUCCCAAGAAAAUCAAGCAUCACUGUGCAGAAGUAGCUGAUAUGGCAUUGACUUUGCUAAGCGCCGUCCUGAAGACAACCAUACGCCAUCUUCCGAAGAUCCAACUCCAGGUCCGUAUCGGGAUGCAUUGUGGACCUUGCUGUGCCGGGGUGGUGGGCCUCUCGAUGCCCCGAUACUGUUUGUUUGGUGACACAGUCAACACAACCUCUCGGAUGGAGACCAAUGGUUCAGGGCUUCGGAUUCAUCUGAGCACACAGGCGUACGAGGCUCUGUCUUCUUUCAAUGAUUACGACAUAAAGACGAGAGGACAAAUACAGAUUAAGGGAAAGGGCCUACAAACAACCUAUUGGUUGCUUGGAAAGAAGGGAUUUGGCCAGAGCCUCCCAACCGAAAGGGAUCUGAAUCCUUCCUAUGAUGAAAAUGGUUUGCCUGUCAGGACUUGGUAGUGGUAGUCUGGUGGCGUCACCUCGGUCGCAGGACUGUUGUUACGUGUAACGUUAGUAGAGGCGAGGUGAUCCAUAUGGAUACUGGACGACUUGUCGUCGACUGAAAGCCAACUUUGUUGCAGGGAAAUAGCUUUAGGCUGUAUAUCAUCCGUCGUCAUCGUGUCGUUAAAACUGGAAGAUGCAAGUCGCCUCUCAGCGAAUGCUAACGUCCUUGAUCAAGUGACGGGCUCGUGUACUUAUGAAUAUUGUGGUGAAAUUGCUGAGUGUCCAGGAUGUUAGACAGGAGGCUGUUUUAGACAAAAGUUGUGUGGUCGUACAUACACUCGUGUUCCUCAUGCCGGUAUG